UAUUAAUGUUACUUUAUAUAUAUGUGUAUAUAUAUAUCCGGAUGUUGAUGAUAUACAAGACAGUAACAUUUUUUUCUUGUUAUUGAAUCUCGCCUUUCAUAAAGAUAGGAUUCACUGGGAAGAGAGAUAAAAAGAUAGAAAAUAUAAAUAGAAAAUGUAGAUAGAAAUGUGUGGUGUCGAAGAUGGAAAACUGCGACCGUGUUUGACACUGACAGUUGUCGAUUAGCAAUUGAGUUUAAAGAUACGCACAGGCAAAUAAACAACGUACUCUCAUAAAUACGUGCGUACGGCGCGGCGUACCGCGGCUGAGUGAGCGUAGUGUAAGCGCGUAAGCGCGGCGAACGAGCCGUGGCAGAUGAAGUGGAGCGGGUGGGGAUGACAGACAGACGCAGAUUGGUCUGCGCGUUGCGUUCGCGGUAAAAGUGGGGAUACUACUCACAGCUGAGCGCUCUAUAGAGUCGGGGAGCUGCACGUUUCAGUCAGUAGCACAUGAGCGCUCGUGGAGUGAGUAUCCGAGAUAUUUCGUUACCCGAACGGGCGAGGAUGUCAAUUCGUGAUCGACGAGCGACUGUGAGAGGAUCGUCUAACGUCUAAGUCUAAACGCGCGUGCACGUCAUCGAUAUCCGGUAUCGAGCCGGGAAAAAGCGUAUACGCUCGACGUGAGCGAUAGAAGAAUACGAUUGACACGCACCGUAAUCACGUCGUUGCUCUGCGAGCACGUGGAUGCGGAAUACGUGCCGUCGCGUCUCUCCCGUUUUCGGACAAGAUCCGCAAGCGAAGAGGCGUUCUACGCAGUGAUCGGAGAAAUAGCUACGCGCUGAAUCGCGCGCUGUUCAUCAUCCACAGUCGAGUCGCGUUCACGAGAGAAGAAGCAUCGUAUAUCGCCCUUCCGUAAUUUUCGCCCGACAGUCAAUAUAUAAGCAAAGUAGCUGUUUAGAUACGGAUCUAAAGUUUUGUCUGGAGAAACGAGCACUCGUUUUCGAGUUGUGCAAUUAUCUCGCCGCAGCGAGAUAUCGGAUUUAUUCCGACGUACGGAAAUACGUCGACGGUGUUGAUCGACAAGCGAUCGAGGAUACACAAGAGUAGUCUUCACGUUCGUUGGCAAAGCGUACGGAUUGUGAUGCGAGUCGUCGAUUUCAUCAGAUUUGUAAUUUAAUUGAAGUGAAGUGCACGUGGAGUUUUUUUCGAAGCGGCCCGAAAAUGGUGCCUACGCAACAGGAUAGUCCCUCGAACUCGGGGAUACCCAUCGUAUUCGGAUCUUUACUGGUUGACCAAAAUUCGCCGACGCCUUACUCAGAUGCGACUCAGACUAAGAAAAACAAUCCGAACCGGAUCAAAAGGCCUAUGAACGCAUUCAUGGUCUGGUCGCAAAUGGAACGCAGAAAGAUCUGCGAGGUACAGCCGGAUAUGCAUAAUGCCGAGAUCAGCAAGAAAUUAGGAAAAAAAUGGAAGCUGUUAUCGGAAGAAGCUAGGCAGCCUUUCAGAGACGAGGCCGAACGGCUGAGGCAGCUUCAUCAAAAACAAUAUCCAAACUACAAGUACCGACCUAGGAAGAAGACCUCGAAACCCGCGGAAGUCUCCAAGACAAAGGAGAGAAAGAGACCGCGGAAAUCAGCGUCAUUAUCGUUGCCGUUGUCGUCACCAUCGCCAUCGGCAUCAUUGUCGCCGUCACCAUCGCCGUCGCCAUCAUCGUCGUCGUCAUUGUCGACGCCAUCAAACAGCCCGAUGGUGCAUCAUACUUCAUACGUGGCCACUUCCCCGAUGUCGCCGCCUUCAGCGGCACCCGCCGCUAGUCACGCUACCAGAACGAGAAACGAUAACAAUAACAACAAUACCCAGCAGCAGACCUUGAAGAAGCCGAUGAAGAGGUUGCAGACUCUGCCGAGCGGCAAAUCGGUGUCCAGGUUGAACUCCAAACAAGUCCGACUGACUCUGGAAACUCUGGAGACACCGCGCAAUACACUGCAUUCUGAUGUGGAUUACACCUCGGCGCCACCCAUAGUGACCGCUAAAGUGCCCACCAGCCCGACCUGCGACACCCCGGAUUCGCCCGAGUCCGCCACUUUCUACGACGAUAACUACUCCUCGGAAUCUGCUCCCACGGUUCACGCAAUCUACAAUGCCAUCCCCAUCAAGAUUAAGCAGGAACCGAAGGUCGAAAUGGAUAACACAAACGAUUUCGCCAGCAAGAAUGUUUUGCCGGACAUAGCGUCGGUGAUGCGAACGAACAAUCGCGGAUAUUGCCGCGCGAACUCGACUUCUAGCGUUCGGCAAUCGGCGACGAGUUUCCACAUCAAGGAGGAGAAGCUGAAGGAGACGAUUUUCGGCAUGAAGCGGGAAACGAGUCCGUUCAGGACGUGGUCGCAACCUAUGCUAAUGGACGCGGCCGUUCCGUCCAACGCGGCGUUACUUACGUCGCAAUCGCCCGUCAUGUCGUCCAUCCCUACGACCACGACGACUGGCACUACGGGAGUUCUCCUUGCCGAUGACUCUUUGCUCACCGACGACUUUAGCAACAUUGGUUGCCCGGUUAAACUCGAAGAAUUGAUAAUUAACGCCGAAUUGUCCGACGACCUGUCCGAACUGGCUGAUCUGACGACGAGCAUGGAGGAGAUGGAGGACAUGAAGGACGUGGAUUUCACGUCUAGCACAUCUGAUAUCAUGGCCAUACUUCUCAAUCAUAGUGACGAUUGGACCUCGCCAAGCUUUUGAAAAAUCAAAAGAAAGAAAAAGAGUAACAAAUAAGGAAUGGACGUCGUUAUUCAUCUUCGGUUUGUAUGCAAUGCUUUUUUCAUGAAGGGGGAUCGUUAGCGUGUUUGUCAACCGCGGGUUGCUGUCCUCAAGAUGGACGAGUCUUCUCCGUGAACAGGAAGAGAAGUUUGUUUCCGUGAAUCCCCGCGAGCAUCUCGCGUACCAAUCGAUUCGAAGAUCUCGGUUGAACGUGUUGGCGAGGACACGAUAACGCGAUUUAUCGCGACUGUUAUCGUCGAGCUUUUUUUCCCCUACGCAAAUCACACAUGCUCGACUUUCGACAGACGACCGAAUGUAUCGUCAUUCGCCAUCGCGUGUCUUCGUCUUUUGUACUUGGCGCUCGAGAAGAUAUUGCUUCUCGAAAAUGUACGCCUCCACGAUUUUUUUCUCGAAUUGACGCGCGUCGUGGCUUUCGUGUCGCUUUUGUAUUUAAUGCAGGCGAGUGUUCGCGAGACCGAUCAUUAUAUUGAGUCGGGAUGUCCCUUCGAGGGGAAAGAGAUACGAUCGUUUGGGUUGCGGUUAACUUCGACCGUAUAAUCUUUGCGGAUAGCGAGAUAUCCGUAGAAUGGAUGAUAAUUAGCAUGUAUAAGCCAUUAAGAUAAAUUCAAGAGAUAGGGCAUGGCCUUGUUUCAUGGUUCUUUUCUUUUCUUGGAGAAAUUUAUGGAAAAUAUUUAGGAUUCUCUUCAUUAUCUCGCUAUGUAUAGGACCGGAAGAGACAAGUUUCAGUCAACGCUCAUAUUUCAAUUUAAUAGAUCUUCGUUUCGCGAACACGCUUUCAACGCCAUGAUUGUAGUGAUAAACAUCUCAGAGAUUUGAUACUUGACAGUGCUGAACCUUUUUUACGAACUAGUCCGCCAAUAUUAAAUUUUUAGAUAUUUAAAGCGAUAUUAGAUGUUUGCAUUGGCUCUUUUCGUAUUUUGAAUAUCAGCAUAGCGCAAAGAUAGCAAAGUUUUUACUUAUUGUUAGCAAAGAACUGGCGAGUCAUCUUCGCGGCGUUAACGGAUAUUGGUCAUUGAAAAAAAGAAGAAGAAAACGAACGACAGCCACGAUGAGUGACAUUUUCGAGAUCCAGAUGUUUUUUUUUGUACAUGUAUUGUAGUAUACUUUUGUAUGAAGAU